AUGAAUAGUCAAAACACAGUAGCACCAACAACUACAAUAUUAAAUCCAGAAACUCAAAGCCUGUAACAACCCCAAGGUUCUAAGACUUUGUGGAUUGGAGAUAUUGAACCUUGGAUGGAUGAAAGCUACACCUCUAAUUUAUUCAAUGGAAUUGCCUUAGUAGUAAGUGUAAAACUCAUUAGAGAUAAAAACAAAGGAACUCCAGUUGGUUAUGGAUUUGUAGAGUUUGCCAGUCAUGAUAUAGCAAAAUAAGUUUUCCAAAACUUAAAUGGUUCACCAAUCCCUGGAACUACAAAAAUCUUCAAACUCAACUGGGCUUCUCACUAAGCAAAUGGCGUAGGCAAAAAUCAUCAAAUGAACAAUCAUUGCAAUAAUCAUAGUUCAAAUUAAAAUGGUUUUGGCAAUUAAUAGCAAGCUGAUCACCAGAUAUAUGUGGGAGAUCUUGAUGCUAAUGUAAAUGAUCAGAUGCUUAUGGUCGCAUUCUAAAAGAGAUAUCCAUCAGUAACUCAAGCCAAGAUUAUCGUAGACCCUCAAACUAAAGUCUCUAAGGGAUAUGGCUUUGUCAAGUUUAUUUCUUAGGAGGAAUAAUAGAAAGCCCUCACUGAAAUGCAGGGGAAGUAUUUACUUUCAAAGCCUAUGAAAAUCAAUCAUGCUUCUUAAAAGAAGGAUACAUAAUUGCCUCAAAAUGGAAAUCCGCAAAUGAAAAAUAUGGUUGCUCCAAUACAAAGCUAAAUGCCACCCUAGCCUUUUUCUCAGCCAGGAUUUUAUAAUCCCCUAUUGCAACCUCAAAUCUUUGAAUAGUUUCCAGAUCCAUAAAUGAAUAUGUAUCCUCCUCCUUAUAUUAAUCAGCCAUUUUAAAAUUUCAUGCAGCCAAUGUAACAAAAUCAAGGUUAUUAUUAGCCUGCACCACUUAAUUUAUCACAAUCAGGAAUUAACUACUUCCCUCCUUACUAAUAACCCUAGAAUUGGCAAUAUGAUCCAUUAUAAAUGGAACCUACCAAGUCUGAUAAGAUUUAGUAAUACACUUAACUAAUAAAUCAAUUAUUCAGCAAAGAUAAAAGUUCAAGUUUGGUAGAACAGAUAAAGGCUUUAAGUCCUUAGGACUAGAGUGCACUGAAUUAAAUAGUUUCAGACCCUGAAUUCUAGAUUCUCCUUUAGUAAAGAUAGUAAUUUCAACAAUCAUAAUAAUUGAGUCAGUAAGAUUAGCUUGAGUCAAGUAAAAGUGAGAAUAGUGAUAAUGUUAAUAACUUAUCUAUCAAGUAAGAGUCUUCAAAGCAAUAGCAAAAUAAAACAGGCAGUAGUUCCUCAAGCUAGAAUUCUUAGAUCUCGAAUUAAACAUCUAAGCAUCCAAAAAGCUAGAUAAUUAAUGAUCCAAGAUACAAUUUGAACUAGGUAUAAAUGCAGAAAUAGAAUAAAGAGACUUCUAGAAGUCAGCUAAACAAGAAAAGAACUUACCAAGAGUUGAGCAAGGAUGAAGUAGAUAUUUUAGGUAGUGAAUUUAUUAAGGAAAAAAUGUAGAAAACAGAACUAGCUUAUCUUUAUUGA